UUUUCAAUCAAUUGACAUUGACCCAAUCACUCCACCUAGCAUUCGCCAGGGAUACUAUUCCCAUACUCCAUACACAGACCUACACAAUACACUACACAAACACAAUGACCGAACCCAACCCCACCAGCACCGCCCGCUUCAACGAAGAAGCCACAACCUGGGACACCAACCCAUCCGUCCAAGAAGCCACACGCCUAGCAUUCGCAGCCCUAGAACCUAUCAUACGUCACCGAUCAACAGAAAGCAACACCAACACCGGAGUCUCCGUCCUCGAAAUCGGCUGCGGAACGGGCCUCCUAACGACGCGCGUGGCGCCGCUAGUCGACUCCAUCGUGGCGAUCGAUACAGCGCCAGGCAUGAUAGCGAUGCUGGAGGCGAAGAUCGCGCAGAGCCCGGCGGCCGCGAACGUGAUCCCGCUUUGUAAGUUGCUCGUCGAUCCAGAGGAUGAGGUCCUCCCUGCGAUGGAUCGGCGUGAUCCCUCGGGCCCGAGGCAGAAGUUUGAUCUCGUGUUGUCGCAUCUCGUGAUGCACCAUGUUCCGGAUCUGAGGGCGUUUGUGGGGACGGUGUUCGGGUGUUUGAAGCCCGGGGGUCGGGUGGCGUUGACGGAUUACGAGGAUUUUGGACCCGAGGCGAUUAAGUUCCAUCCGAGGGCGAAGCUGGAGGGGGUGGAGAGGCAUGGGAUCCAGAGGGAGUGGAUGGAGGGGUUGAUGAGGGAGGUUGGCUUUCGGGAUGUGAAGGUGCAGGUUGGAUGGGGGUUGGAGAAGAAGGUGACGGGGUGGGAGAGCGAGGAGGAGGGGAGGAUCAUGGUGUUUCCGUUCUUGGUCUGUGAGGGAGUGAGGUGA